AUGCCGGGUCAUGAUGCGACGGGAAGCGAGAGAGGAGAGAAGGAGUUGAGGAGAAUCAAGGAGGAAAACCCACAACGCAGUGCAGGAGACUGGGACAAGGAGUUUAAGGGGGAAAUGCAACGAACAACGCACCACUGCACCAAGGGCUUUCCUCGUGACGCGUCACAUUUCCUGAGAGACAUGCAGGCCCAAGAUCGCAUGCAAGCUACUGUAUAUCGACUGCAGUUGGGGACCAGUGUGGACGCUGGUUGGUUGCACCGACCGGAAAUCCCUCGAUCAAGCUAUAGAGCCGGUCAUGCAUCAGCCAACGAAAAGAAAGAACACAUCAAUACCGGAGACUGGUUUGGGGCAGUCCUGCAGCUCGCAGAUCGGGAGUUUGUGUAUGGACUACGGGGGCUGGUUUCCGCCACACUCGUUGGCCCUCGAUUUGCGGCUGAGAAUGUGUACUUUUUUCCCCUCCAGUUCAAUCACCUUCCAGAUGGGUAUGGCUGCAUCUGCUGUGCAGAGGUGGAUCCAUCCUAA